AUGGAAGGGUUGCUGGGAACCGUCUACGAUUCCGUUACUGUAAGAUUUUUAUUCAAUUAAUAAUGGUCUGAAUUUUUAAGGGUUCGCCGGUGCACAUGGCGUUGGAGUCGGCGUUUGUGGCAUUGUUCGUGUAUAUGAUCGUGUUCCGAAAGAAAAAGUCAAAGGACGAUGAUUUAGAAUUGUCUGAAGAAGAGAAGGACAAGAUAAUCUCGGAAUGGAACCCCCAGCCAUUGGUACCCGAGCAUAUGAUUUGCAACGAAAGGAACUUGUCAGACAAAAUUGAAGGGUAAAGCGGUUACUUUCUUUUUGUAAAUUUUCAGGAAAAUAGCAAAAAAAGUUCUAAUAGAAGGAAAGGAGUACUUUAAUAUGGCCACAAAUAACUUCCUCAACUUCGUUGGGAAUGAGAAGAUUGAGGUAUGCUACGGAUAUAAUGUUUUACUGUUUAUAUUAAGGCUGCGGCCAAAAAAGCGAUCAAGCAAUAUGGAGUUGGAUCAUGCGGACCUCGAAGUUUCUACGGCACUGUCGACAUUCACUUGGAAGCCGAGAAGAAAAUUGCUCAAUUUAUGGGAGUCGAAGAAGCCGUCCUCUACAGUUUUGGAUUCGCUACGAUAGCCAGUUCCAUACCAGCAUAUUCCAAAAGAGGCGACAUCAUUUAUGCUGAUAAAGCCUGCAAUUUCGCUAUUCAAAAAGCUUUACAGGCAUCUAGAAGUAGAAUUGAAUGGUUUGAACACAACGAUAUGUCUGAUUUGGAGAGAUUAUUGAAAGAACAGCAGGAGAAAGACAAAAAAGUAUUCAAUCUUAGCUUUACAGCAUGUUUUGAACCUGUUCAACAUUGAUUUUUCAGAAUCCGAAGAAAGCCCAAGAGGUCCGCAAAUUCAUAAUAAUUGAAGGCCUUUAUGCCAAGACCGCCGAUCUCUGUCCAUUACCCCGAAUUAUGGAGUUGAAGUGGAAGUACAAGGUUCGUGUUUUCAUGGACGAGAGUUUGUCCUUUGGAGUCGUCGGAAAACGCGGCAGAGGUGAGUUUAGUUUAUUUUUACAGUUUGAAAGGGACCCGUUUCACAAAGCACCUGAUAAGAGAUCUAAAACAAAAAAUACAAAAUAGUAACAAACAAAAGUAAGGACGGAUAACUGCCUCUGGCUGUGUUAACGUCAGUUCGUUUCAAAUUUAGCGCUUUUGGCGUUCUUAUUAACGUCUGAUUAUGCGGUUUGGUGUCAGGUGAUGGAAUGUUUUGCUCUUUAUUCUCAUCACCCAGUAGAGGGAAGUUGA